GCCAAUAUUUGGGCAUAUACUUUCAGAUCAUCAUUUGUUUCAAUCUUGUUGUGAUAAGUAUUGUGUCAUAAACAACGCUCGGAGACCUUUGCAUAAUUCAUGCAUAACUCAAGGGAGUGCAGACAAGACACCUUUCAUCUUGAACCAACACGUAGCUUUGUCUCACAACUCACUUUUAUUACUGGAACUUCUGAACUUUUAUAAUAAACUUUCAUUCUACAACUAGACCGCCAUGUUUUAUCAAGGAACUCUCCAGGAAGGCAUCUCUACGGCCGUCAGCCAGCAAAAGCUGGUCCUGUGCUUCGUUGCAGAUGACAGUGACGAGAGCUCGCAGUGGGAAACCGAAUUCCUGGCCGAUGAUACGCUGAGAGAUCUAUUUGAAGGACACGUCCUCUUGCGCUUGGAAGCGGGAUCCGCGUCUGCCGGGUAUUUGGCUCAGAUCUUCCCACUACCGCGGACUCCCACGGUUGUUAUCAUCAAGAAUGGCGAAUUAAAGGAGUACAUCGCACCGGGGACCGGAAAGGACGAGUUCCUACGUAGGGUCAAGGAAGCGUUCAACUCUUCAGCGACGCCUCAGCCGGCGCCGGCUCAACCAGCCCAAGUUGCCCCUCCUCAACCAGUGACACCCACAGCGCCAGAACAGACACAAACAACUGUAUCCUCAUCGACAUCCGAAAAUGUCCGUCGGAUAUUGUCCGAGAGAGCUACCAGACUCCAGGCGCAAAGGGAAGAGAAUGAGCGCAAAGUCAAAGAAGAACGCGCCAGGACCAAGGAGAGGGCUAAAGCCGAGGCCGAAGCCGGAAUGAACACCGACAAUGCCCGGGCUCACAAGGCUGCCGAGGCAGUAAAGAAGAAGAGACAGCAGGACCAAGAGGAGCGAGCCAGAAUUCUCAAGCGAAUUGAAGACGACAAGGCAGAACGACGCAUACGCGCGGAGGAGCGCGAGAAGCAACGGCGUGGCAGUAUGAAAGGUGGCGAUGUUGCAGCGUCCUUGGUCAACGCACCAGAAACCAAGCUGGCGGAUUCUACAAAGACAGGCGGAAUGACAGCUCUUCAAGUGCGCCUCUUUGACGGAUCAACAUUGAGAUCGCGCUUCAAGACGAAUGCGCCCCUCAAGGAGAUUAGACAGUGGGUGGACGAGAACCGAAGUGAUGGAGCGCAGCCGUAUACCUUUAAACAAGUCCUUACGCCUCUGCCCAACAAAAACAUUGACGAAACAGAAGAGGACAAGGCCAUCGGCGAGCUCGGCCUUUCCCCUUCAUCGACACUGGUUCUCAUCCCCGUCAAAAAGUACACCUCUGCCUACGAUGAUGACUCGCAAGGUAUUGUGUCACGAAUCAUUGGCUUUAUUCUCAGCAUAUUCUCCUGGAUUCUCAGCAUAUUCUCCUCCGACGAACGCGCACACCGAGGAUCCGUCGGACCUACCAGUUCCCGGGAACGGUCCCAAAUUCGGGAGUUCCAGAACCCGAGCGACCAAAGAGACCAACAGUUGUACAAUGGAAAUUCGCUGAAUUUUGAACCACGACCAGAGGAGGAGAAAGAUAGUUGAGUUCCCAAUUUGUGGGUUGAGUGAGAUCUUGUUUUGUAUUAUACAAUUGGUUGUGCCGAGAUGCAACAGUAUUCUCGCCGAGUCUCUAUUAGCACGCACGCUGCCAGGGGAUUUAUCCCCGAUGUUGUUUCCUUUCCCAUAAUGAUAUCAAGUUCUAUUAUUCGUAUUUCCCAACGCUUACUGGCCAGAAGCAGCCUGGCAAGCCUUGAGCUGCUCAAGGUACCAGUUGCAGAUCUGCAUGUUUCCGUUGUUGUCAUCCAUGCACUUUGUAAAGUUCUGAGCGACACCGGCGCAGUUGUUUUGGUUCC